AGUUGUUUACUGAAUUGUAGCUAGCUUGACGUAGAGCAAAGUGCGUCUCCGAGUCGGGCAGAGAAUCAUAAAGUAACAGAAAAGAUCGAUAUAUGAAGUAUGACAGCGACAUUAAACUGAUCAGAGCAGCUGUAGAGAAGUUAGAGAUUUGGCCAACAAACCGUUUAUCACAUUUAAAACUACAUUUCACGUUAAAUCAGACUUUAAGUUCCGACGUAACUGGUCUGCGCUAUGCUAACGUUAACUUUAGCUACAGCGGCUAACCUGAGCUAACAGGAUUAAACUGAAGCUAAAGCUGCUUAAAUGUCUCAUUAAUGUGUGAGAAGCGGAGCAGCUGACCGGGCCAGCCUGGAGAACCGUACAGGAUGCUCCAGGGGCCGUACGGCAGCCUGGACCGGGACCGGCCCCUCAUCCGGUUGCCUUUCACCAGCUUCGCCGUGGCGACGGUGCUGCUGCCUCUGACCGGCCUCAUCGCCUGCCUCUCCCUGGCGCUCAUGUACCACUUUGAGGACUCAACAUACACACACUGUCGCGUGUCCAACUACCUCCCGUCCAUCAGCGCCGCCAUCAGCCGCGUGCCGGAGCGUUACAUCUGGCGCUGCUGCAUCGGGCUUCACUCGGCGCCGCGCUACCUGCUGUCCGCCGCCUACUUCAACUUCUACCGCGGCCGCUUCGCCUCCAAGCUGCCGGAGCUGCUGCUGAGCGGACUGACGCUGCUCUGCAGCCUCGCCGAGAACACGGGACUGCUGCUGCUCACAUACGUGUCGUCCAACGAGACAUACAGUGUUCAUAAAAACGGUUUCAUCGUCUUCAUGGCGAGCUCGCUGCUGCACAUGCUCAGUACGUGCAAGCUGUGGCAUGUGAUCAAGAGACACUCCGUGAACCCCGAGGAAGUGACAUCAUACCGCUGGAAGCUGCGUCUCUUCCUGUUUAACGUCAGCUGUUGUCUGGCUGCCGCGUACUUCUUCAGACGCCACAACAACUUCUGUGAAACAGGAAUCUACACGCUGUUCGCCUUCUUCGAGUACCUGGUGGUUUUCUCCAACAUGGCCUUCCACAUGACGGCCUUCUGGGACUUUGGGACCAAAGAGGUGACGGUGGCCACGCCGCCUGAAGACAAGCGAUACUGAGCUCACGUCACCUGGUGACUUUAUAAAAAAAAAAAAAAAAAACCCCAAAAGGACACAAAGAAACUUUGUUUUACAUUUCUGAACAUUUUAAAGAGAUUAAACUUUAUCCUGAACGUUCCAACAA